AUGAUUCAAAAUUUAGCUAUUGCCUUGUGUAUCACAAUGGCCAUUUCCAUAACACUAAAUCUUAAUGAGAUGUGUCAUUGUUCUCAACUUAUUGAAGAAAAUGAUUGUACUAAAUCUGCUCUGUAGUGCAGUUGGGAUUUUGGUUCCUAAAAAUGCCAAGAAAAUCCAUGUUCAGAUAUCACAUAUUCUACCUCUUGCUUAUAGUAAUCAUGGAGAUGUUUUUGGGUUAAUGGUCUAUGCCAAGACUUUACCGAUUGCUAGAAUCUUAAAGGAUCAUCUUAAUCUAGUUGCAUCAAUUAAAACAUUUAUUGUCCAGCUUCAAAUGGCACCAAUUGUUAAUCUAUAGAUAAUCUCUAAAAUUGUACAUCCAUUACUACUAGAGAUAAUUGUAACAAUUACUAUUCAGCUGAAGGAUUAUGCAUAUGGAAUGGGCAAAAUUGCAUUCUACCUACAUCUUGUUCUCAACUAUCUAAUAGUAUUUAUCCUACUUGUGAUUUGAAUGAAUGCACUUAUAAUAAAGACACUUAUUAAUGUCUGCCAAGAACAUGUUAAGAAUAUUAAGAUGAAAUUAAAUGUUCAUAAGGAGUACUAGUAUUUGGUCCUUAUUUAAAUAAUGUUAUAGGAUGCUUUUGGAAUUAUUAAUCACAAUCUUGUCAAGAAUAUGAUCCUUUUUCAAUGAAUGAUUAGAAUUGCUAUAAUUCUAGUUUUGGAACCUACCAUUGGAAGAAAGAAAAACAUUAAGAAGGGGAGUGUAUUUCUUGUUAUUAAUAAUUGUUGAUUCUAUCGAUUAUUAUAACAAUGCUAAUUUGA